AGGAAAAAAGUUUUAAGAAAUAAUUCGGCGGAUUUCGUACGCGACAUUAACAUAUUUCCGCUCCCGUGUUGGGAAGCGUUUUUGCGAUGACUCAGAAAGUGAUUGUGCUGGGCAAGGACGUUGCUGAGUUCGCUGCACUGAAGAGUAAUGGAGUAAAUUUAGAAAAGAACGAUGCAACGGACGCAGCGCGUCGCGUCUGCUUGGUGAGUCAGGGGGACUCGUCUGCGCAAACUGCUCGUCCAAUUCCCGCACUAGUACCUAUGCCUGGAGCCACUUUGUCGAAACCAGUAGAAAAGGUAGAUAGCGCCGCUGCGAAAGUUUCGAGUGAGUUGGGCAAACCUUGGAGACCCGGCGUGACUGCGAAGUUGAAUUGCUCGUGGUGUCCCGGUUCUUUCAUGAGUGCUUCUGGUUACAUGGCCCAUAUGAAAACGUGUCAUCCGUUUGCGUUGAGUCACUGCUCAUUUUUACAAGCACGUGCUUGCGGACACGGUAGGAUUACUCCCACUGGUGCCAUCCAAAUCGGGCAGCAACUUAGGCCUUUAACGAUUACCUCACGACCUGGAAUCGCUUUUCAUUCGCUAACGUAUAAUGGAACAACAAGGAGGUUAACCCGAAUCCUACCAAAAGGAGGUGCACAUCCAACGAAGUUCCAGCGCGUGUUCAUCGGAGUCAAGAAAAUUGAAAAACCAUCUUCUCCAUCUGUUGAUAGCCGCCCUAAACCCAAGAAUGAUUCUAGGGAUGAAAGCUGCACUAACUACUCUACUUUGCUGAUGCAUCGUGUGUAUCACAAAUUGCCGUCCAUGGGCAUUUACCCGUGUUCCAAGUGUUCAUUCCGUGGUAUUCUCCUUAGAGAACUUCUUGAUCACGAAAUUUGGCAUAAAUCGACUGCGCGAGACGAUGAAGAAAUGCCGGAGUCUCGUAUUCUCGUGGAAUCUGGUGGUAAACUUGAACCGAAAGGAAAUCCGACACCAUGUAAAGUGCGGCUCUUGUCCGUUCAGGAUGAAUUGCGGGAUUUACCGAUUGAUAUCCCCGCUGACAAACCUGGAAAUAUUCAAGAAGAUGGUGACAAAAUUGAGCUCAAGGAAUCUGUGGUGUGCGCGAACACAUCAGACACUGCUGAUGAGGAAGUUAAAAGUGUUGAAGACGAAUUGAUCUCCACGGAAAAUGAAAAAGACAGCAUCAACCUCGUCGAAGAAAUUGACAUUUCUCGAAAUGAAGCUGAUGCGUUGAGCGACGAAGACCAAAAACCCCUUCCCAUCGGUACUUUGGAAGUCGAAGAAAAAGAAGAAGACACAGGAGAAGAAGAUUCCGAAUCGAAAGAAAAUUUAACGAAGCCAGAAAUCGCUGAACCCGUGAUGGGAACUUCACCGAUGCAGAUAUCCGAUGACGAUGAACAGCUAAUGAUUUCGGAUUCCUGUGAUACGUUGGAAACAGCAAAAACUUCCGAAGUUAUCAAAUGUGAAAAUGAGGUAUCAACAAUUCCGGAGUCGAAAGAAAAUUUGUUAGCGCAGCCACUAAGCAUGUCGCCAUUUGUGGUACUGAAACGGUUAAGCAAAUGUAGAGUUCCUAAACGCCUCCGUCCUCAAAGGAAAAGCAGCUUAUCUGAUGGCAUUUAAUUUUUAGUUAUUCAAUUUUUUUCUCAUUGUCAGGCUCACGAAAACUUAAGCCGCAGUUCCGGAGUUUAUCUGCAUAACAAAUAUGAGGUUGCACAAAUAUUUCAGUGAAAAGCAUAGUGUUGAUUAAAGGUCUGACAGCUUGGAUUUUUUUCCCUGAUUUAACUGACGAAAUAUUUUUGGUAAGUACACUGCAUAAUCUUCUGAAGUCAAGAUUUUUUUUUGAAUUACAUUGCAUUUUUUGAAGCAUUGUAGCAUCCUGUGAAGCUGAAUGCAACCAUGAGAUUAAAAAAUUUGUUACCUCUUUUGGUUGUGGAAAACUUGAAAUUGAAAUACUCUUCCCUUAAUUUUCUGUCUUGAAUUCAAGCCUUAGUUGAAGAGGAACGAUUUUCGUUGCUGAUAUUGUUUUAUUGAAAUUGCUUGUCGUAAGUUGUUAUUGAAUGUUUCAAUAAUGUAUGCUCACAUAUAAAUGUUUUACCGAUAUAUGUGAUGAUACGAUCCGAGUCUGUGUUUGACAGAAUAUCAUGCCAUUUUUAAGAUUUUCUUUGUAUACCGUAAAAAGUUGGAUUGAUUUAUUUUUCGAUUUUUCGUGGUUCGAAUUUGAUUUACAUUUUUUUUUUACUUCAGGAUGUUAAUUGUCAAACCCAGCGAUUGACAUCAUUUAUGCUGUACGAGGAACAGUAAAGUUCGUGAUUGUUUCUUAGGGGCAUUGAAGAUCGAGGCAUGCUUUGGUAACGAACAUUUCUUCUUUUUAUAAAUAUUAGAUACUUCGUUUUAUAUAAUUUUUUUAUAAUUCUCAUAUGGUGUAUUAUCUGAUUCGGAUUUGCUGUUGAAAAUGAACUAUUCUUUGUUCGCCAGA